GGUUAUCUAAGCAAUCAUGCAUGCAUUUUCAAUGUGGGAUGGUUUAUGUAGUUAGUUAUGUCUGUUGCUUAGUAACCUGAACAGAGCUGCAUUCCAGAGUUGAUGACACCAUUUAGGGGGUUUUGCAUAUGAAAUGGGAAAUGGGUGUAUCCUUUCUGGGGACACACAGGAAGUGAUGUACAGAUGCCUCUUCCUGUCUCUUCCUCUUCGCUCCUGACCAUGCCAUGCUGAUGUUCCUGUCUGUUAAGAGAUAUGUAGUUUCCUGAACUGUUUUUCUUUGGAACUAAGAUGUUUUUGCCUGUAUGACCAUCAUCAUACAAGAUUGUUUGAAAGAUGGAUAACCUCACAGCAGCCAACACCAACUUUGCCCUCAAUCUUUUCAAGAAGCUAAAUGAAGAGGAUACAACGAAGAAUGUGUUUUAUUCUCCUUGGAGUAUGUCUUCUGCUCUCUCCAUGGUCUUCAUGGGAGCCAAAGGGAACACUGCAGCCCAAAUGGCAACGGUAUUAUCUGUGCCCAAAGGUGAAGAGCUUCAUCAGGAGUAUGGGAAACUUCUUUCCAAAAUCAACAAGCCAGACACCAAGUGUUUGUUGAAAUCAGCCAACAGGCUUUUUGGAGAAGAGUCAUAUGAAUUUCUUGCACCAUUUAUAGACUCCAGCCAGAAAUUCUACCAUGCUGGUCUAGAGAAGCUUAAUUUCAUCAAAACCUCAGAAGAUUGCAGAAAACAUAUAAAUGCCUGGGUAGAAGAACAGACAGCAGGUAAAAUUACAAAUCUCCUUGCACCAGGAAUAAUUAACAACCUUACAAGGUUGGUCUUGGUGAAUGCUAUCUAUUUCAAGGGAAAUUGGGCAAAUCAGUUCCGGAAAGAACAUACGAUGGAACGACCAUUCAGGAUUAACAAGAAUGAAAGCAGGCCAGUGCAGAUGAUGUUUAAGAAAGCCAAAUACAACAUGACCUAUAUAUCAGAUUGUCGGACCAAAGUUCUGGAGAUUCCUUAUGUGGGUAAUGAGCUGAGCAUGAUUAUUCUGCUUCCUGAUGAAAUUGAAGAUAAUUCUACAGGUCUGGAGAAGUUGGAGAGAGAAAUGACCUAUGAGAAACUCAUGGACUGGAUUAAUCCAGAAAUGAUGGAUCUAACCCAAGUGGAGCUGUCUCUGCCCAAAUUUAAACUGGAACAAACGUAUGACCUGAAGCCUAUUCUGUUUGGCAUGGGGAUGUCUGAUGCCUUUCACGGGGGUAAGGCUGACUUCUCAGGAAUGUCACCCCAAAAUGACUUGUUCCUAUCUGAAGUUGUUCACAAAUCCUUUGUAGAGGUAAACGAAGAAGGCACUGAAGCUGCUGCUGCUACGGCGGCUGUUAUGAUGUUGCGGUGUGCUAUGAUUGUCCCACAAUUCACUGUCGAUCAUCCAUUCUUCUUUUUAAUUCGACACAACGAAACCAAAAGCAUCUUGUUCUUUGGUAGGUUUUGUUCUCCUUAAAAGUUGUAUAUCAGGCAAGUACAGUACAAACAUGUUGAUGUGGCUUGCUUGGCAAUUUAUUAACUUUCAUAUCAUAUAAGCAUUAUCUAUGCUUGGUGCUUUAACUGGUUCCAUUGUGCCUGAAGCAGGCUUUUAUGCUGCUGUUAAUAUUUGACAAAUGGUUGUGCAUCCAGAGAUCACUCCAAAAGAUGGACCAGUGAAGACAAUUAUAACCUUAUUCUAAGCCAUUCUGCUGAGACACAUUGAUAUUUGUUCAUAUUUCUGGUGUCUUAUUCAGUACAGGAUACAACAUUGUAAGAAUUGGCGCAGAAGAUCAGGCAAGCCUUGCUAAGUGCACUUCUCUUAAUCUUUUGUAUGUACAUUAUUCAAGAACAGAGGGCUUACUUUUCAAAUGCCUUAACUCCACUUUUGUGAUAGUUUUUUCAUUCUUGGUCUUUCUGUUUUCAAGGAGUAACUAUCACACCUUCUUCACCUGAAUGUAUUCGCUGGGAGCAUGGGGAUAAUGUAGAAACAUUUGUUUACUUUUCUACCUCUGGUCUUUUGUUGCCACUGUAUCUUAAAAUAUACCUCUGGAGAAAUAGUAUGAUUGACAUACCACAUAAACGGAUAUCCUCAGAUAAUACUCUUCAUCGUUGCUUAUUUGUACCCACUUUCCAAUCACCUGUCAUUUCUCACAAUCCCUUUUGAACAGUCACACCAGUCUGACCUAGGACACUCCACACUUACUCAUUUACCCAUUUUUGCACUCAUACCUUGCUUUCUUUACUCUAAAAUACCAAGUAAUGAUAUAGCAUACCAUAAUCACUCAAUACUACAAACCUGUCUACUCAUGUAAAACAGGCAAAGCACCAUAGUGACAUUUUUUAAAAUGUCAGCAGCCAAAGCCACAACAAAAUCUCAAAAAGGGAAGUUCAGUACAUUCCUGGAAAUCUUAGAAAGAGUUGUGAUUUCUGAAUGUACAGCAUUUGGAAAGAAUUAUUCUGAAUCUGUUGUGAACGACAUUACUAUAUUUGCCUUUUGGAUGGACAAACAAAACAGUUUGAACUUUAUUUUAGAAAUGGCAUUCAACCUUGUUUGAUUGAAAUAAAAGCUAAAAACAAAUCUA